ACAGCCCCACGUGGAGUACACAGAAUCUCCAGUUGUCUGAUUGGCUGACAUUGAUUCCAACCCCACAAAUUACCUAUCCAAAAUCCGCCAUUGCCAGUUCCUUCGAAUUCUAAUUUCUUAAAACAAAACAAAGAAAAAGAAGAAGAAAAGAGGCAAAAUGUCAAUGGCAACUUCGCUUCCUCGUCUUCACUCUCCAUUUCUUUCCUGUCCACUCAAGUCUUCAACUGCAUCUUUAUCCUUCAAAUGUGGCCGAAACCAACGGUUACCGGCGUCUUAUCCAUGCAUCAGAGCCGUCGAUCUGGAUCAGAACACGAUAGUAGCAGUGUCCGUUGGGCUUGUCAGCGUUGCGGUUGGGAUCGGCAUCCCAAUCUUCUACGAGUCUCAAAUCGAUAGCGCUGCAAAGCGAGAAAACACCCAACCGUGUUUCCCUUGCAAUGGCACCGGCGCCCAGAGGUGCAGAUUUUGUAUGGGAAGUGGGACGAUAAGUGUAGAGCUUGGUGGGGAUGAGAAAGAAGUCUCGAAAUGCGUUAACUGUGAAGGUGUUGGUUCUUUAACAUGCACUACUUGCCAAGGCAGCGGGAUUCAACCUCGGUUUCUUGAUCGCAGGGAAUUCAAAGAUGAUGACUGAAGUCCUACAAGAAGCACCGGCAAUGGUUUUGGAUUUGACUUGAUGGUGAUUAACAUGAACGGGGUGAAUUCGAAUAAACUACCAGGCACCUUAUAUAUAUUGUAAAACCCUUUUCUAUUUACAGUACAUUUUUUUUUUCAUUCUAUUUUUCUGAUGUACUUAAUUAGUGGAACAACUUGCUAGUUUUGGAGGAGGGAUAAAUUGUUCUCUCACUGAGGAGAUUGUUAAUCAAAGAAUUGUAAGUAGAGUCUCAACCGAUGUUGUUCAUGGUGCUGAUUGCAUAUUAUCUCACCCUGGAUUUUCACU